GUCAUGGGUUACAUCUUUGAGAAUUUCAGUGUUUCGCCAUGGGCUGCGGUGCGUCGGUUGUCGAUGAAGCCUUAGCCAAGCAGAAGCGCCAGGGUGAUCGUGCACGUGAACCGAGCAAAGUGCCACGUGGGCACUCAGUUAAAGUCAAAGUUGAGUCUCUCAAAUCAUUGGAAGACCGCCACCAUCAAAGAUUGCUAAAGUUUGGCAAGUCCGGUCAAGCUUGGGGCAGCCAGCGCGCUCAGAGUUACACGUCACUGAUGCCACGCCAAGUCAUUGAUGGUCAGGAUGUGGUGGACAUGGAAGCGGAUGGGAUGCUUGAGCACAAGAGCUCUUGGAACACCAUUCGAUGGCCAGCUGCGCCUCCGGGGGUGCGUGCACCUGGCCCUCCAAACCGUCGCCGUCAUGAUGAACACUUGGAGAAGGGUUUUUUGCCGUGGGCACAUGAGGUGGGUCAAGAGCACACCAAUUGUGUACAGUAGAUGGAAAUAACAAAACCCAUUCGCAUCCUUGGCCUCCAAACCUGGAUUUCCCGAUUUACGAUCAGGGGAAUGAACAACUUAAAAUCGCCAAGAAAACAACCUGUAUCCGAUGUCGUUGAUGCCCAGAAGCCGGGUUUCAGGAGAAUCUGGAGCAGUACAUGGAAGAGAUUGAGAGCAAGCCUAAUGAAAUCCUAACAGCGACGGAAUCGAAGCUGCAGGAACACAAUAUCAGAUUGAGGGUCUUAGCAGAUGAAUCUCCUGCGGCCUCUGUGCUCAGCUGAUGGGAUGUUUUCUGGCUGCUGAGCCCCAGAUUUCGAGCACUUUGCAGCUGUCACCCAGAAGGCUAUACAAGGACAGACAGAGGGAGCCUAUGGUUUGUCAUCCUUUGGUGCCCGCAAGCCGAGCACAUGGAAUUUAGGAUUGGCUCUCCAUGACCUUAGCAAGCACGGUGAGGAGCAACUGCACCUAUGUUCAAGCCAACACUCAUGAAACGCAGAGAGCUCACAACAAUCCCCUCAACAUGGCCAAUUCUGGCAUUAAGAGAAACCACAAUUUGUUUAAAUUUGACCUUUGAUUUGAUACAGAAAGGUUAAAACAGGGUGGGAAGAAAGAUAAGAAAAGUGG